AUGACGCCAGUACAUAAAAUUGUCAACGGCGUUCACGGUGGUACUGGUGGUCUUGUCAACGGCAAUGACGGUGGUACCAAUGGUACUGUUAACGGCGUUCACAGCGGUGCUCAUGGUUCUAUUAACGGCAUACACGGCGGUAAUAGUGAUCAUGUCAAUAGUCCUCAACAUCCGGUUCAGGACAACGCAACUUUCAUCACUGACCUAGAUGGGGUCGAUCAACCUCGGCUUGAGCCUAUUGCUAUGCUGAUGGAAAAGAGAUGCUCCAUGACUGAGUGGCUCAAAGAAAGACUUAACCUGAAUGCCUUCUAUCAUCCAGAUAGUAGUAGACCGGAUACGAUUCCUUCCAAAGGCGGUCAUUUUCUGGAAGAGCCUCUUGGCAAUUUCGAUGCGCCGUUCUUUUCCAUAACACCGACCGAAGCUGCAGCCAUUGACCCACAGCAUCGCCUGCUUCUUGAGACUGCCUACAGAGCCUUCGAGAAUGCAGGCAUAUCUAUGGAGAAGGCGUCGAACUCAAAAACCUCGGUUUACACCGGUUGCUUGGCAGACGACUGCAGAUUAGGAAUUUUCAAAGAUCCUGACAUGCUUCCGAUAUACAGUGCCACCUGGAUCGCGGUCGCCAUGCUCGCUGCCCGGCUAAGUUGGUUCUUCAAUCUCACCGGCCCAUGUGUGAAUUUGGAUUCUGCCUGCUCCAGCAGCAUGAUGGCUCUUGACCUCCCAUGUCAGGGAUUACGCAACAGAGACUCAAAUAUGGCCCUCGUUGGCGGCGGCAACCUACUCACUUCUCUCGAAUUUCAUAAAUGCUGUCGAAUAUGA